AUGGAGGAACGUCCUGGACUGGGCCAUGGCUGUAAGACACAGGCAUCAUUUAUCUACAAAGAAGAGCCAUUCUCACCAGUUGAAAUUAAAGAGGAAAACCAUUCUGAUAUUGGAGAAUAUGAAGACGCUGACUCAUCACCUACAAUUGCUGGAAAGAUCACAAAAGGGAAGAGUUUCAAGAGCAGGUCUGAUCUCAACCCACAUCAGAGAACACAUACUGGAGAAAAGCCGUAUCAGUGUUCAGAUUGUGGAAAGAGUUUUACUCGGGAACAUCAUUUGAAGACACAUCAAAGAACACAUUCUGGAGUAAAGCCAUAUCAGUGUUCAGAUUGUGGAAAGACUUUUAGUCUGGCAAAUAAUCUCAAAACACAUCUGAUGAUCCAUACUGGAGAAAAGCCAUAUCAGUGUGCUACCUGUGGGAAGGGUUUCAAAACCAGCCAAGAUCUUACUGUCCAUCAGAGAAUACAUACUGGAGAAAGGCCGUAUCAGUGUGCAGAUUGUGGAAAGAUGUUUAAUCAGGCAGGUUCUCUGAAGAAACAUCUGAUGACCCAUACUGGAGAAAAGCCAUAUCAGUGUUCAGAUUGUGGAAAGACUUUUUCUGAUGUGAAUUGUUUCAAAAGACACCAGAGGACCCAUACUGGAGUAAAGCCAUAUCAAUGUUCAGAUUGCGGAAAGACUUUAUUACAGGAACUUGAGUUCUUCAGAAGAUCCAGUCGAAUGAAAGAGGGGAUGCUGAGGAAAAUCAAAAGACAGAGGGAUGUCCCAAUGGCUCCCACUACUCUCAAGACACAUCUGAUGAUCCAUACUGGAGUAAAGCAAUAUCAAUGUUCAGAUUGUGGAAAGACUUUCAUUACAAAGGCUGAGCUCAGGACACAUGAGAGGAUCCAUACUGGAGAAAAGCCUUAUCAGUGUUCAGAUUGUGGAAAGACUUUUACUCAGGCAGGUUCUCUAAAGAAACACCAGAGGAUCCAUACUGGAGUAAAGCCAUAUCACUGUUCAGAUUGUGGAAAGACUUUUGCUCAGGCAGGUUAUUUCAAAACACAUCAGAUGGUCCAUACUGGGGAAAAGCCAUAUCAGUGUGCCACAUGUGGGAAGGGUUUCAUAACCAAAAGAGAGCUUACUAUCCAUCAGAUGAUCCAUACUGCAGUAAAGCCAUAUGAGUGUUCAGAUUGUGGAAAGACUUUUAGUCAGGCAUGUAAUCUCAAAACACAUCUGAUGAUCCAUGCUGGAGUAAAGCCAUAUCAGUGUUCAGAUUGUGGAAAGAGUUUUAUUCAGGCAGGCGAUCUGAAGACACACCAGAGGAUCCAUACUGGGGAGAAGCCAUAUCAUUGUUCAGAUUGUGGAAAGACUUUUGCACGGGCAGGUACUCUGAAGAUACAUCAGAUGAUCCAUACUGGAGAAAAGCCAUAUCAGUGUGCUACAUGUGGAAAGGGUUUCAAAACCAGUAGAGAGCUUACUGUCCAUCAGAGAAUACAUUCUGAAGUAAAGCCAUAUGAUUCCCCUGAGAAAAUCACUGAACCCCAAGUUGUUCAUGGGACACCGACCCUUGUAGUCAUUGCUGUGGGUACGCCAGUAGAGGAAGACGUCAGUAAGAAGGCUGCUGGUGGACACAAACAGGUUUUUCUGCAGGUUAAGCUAUGGCCCUGCUCACCUGAGGACCAUCAGAUGUGUCAACUGUGCCCAUACACAUGGGAAUCGUUACCACAAUCUGUUGCCAUUCCAGUUACAACAUUCCUGCAGCUGACUGGCUAA